GGCGGGCCGGGGUCUCGGCGCCGUGGCCGCGUCCGUGUUCUGCUGCCUGCGGUGCUGCCGGGACGGCGGCGCGGGGCACAUCCCCCUCAAGGAGAUGCCGGCCGUGCAGCUGGACACGCAGCACAUGGGAACGGAUGUUGUCAUUGUGAAAAAUGGGAGAAGGAUAUGUGGGACAGGAGGCUGUUUAGCCAGCGCCCCUUUACAUCAAAACAAAAGCUACUUUGAAUUCAAAAUCCAGUCCACAGGAAUAUGGGGUGUUGGCGUCGCAACUCAGAAAGUUAACUUGAAUCAGAUUCCUCUUGGCCGAGAUGUGCACAGCCUGGUGAUGAGGAAUGAUGGAGCCCUGUACCACAACAACGAGGAGAAAAAUAGGAUGCCAGCAAACAGUCUUCCGCAGGAGGGAGAUGUAGUGGGUAUUACAUAUGACCAUGUAGAACUAAAUGUAUAUUUGAAUGGAAAAAAUAUGCAUUGUCCAGCAUCAGGUAUACGAGGGACAGUGUAUCCAGUUGUUUAUGAGAGAAAAAUAAAACUCAAGGAGCGCCUGGCCAGCUUAAUCAGUAGAGCAUCUGACUCUUGA